AUGCAUGGCAGCAACCUGGACCAGUUCUCCGGGACCGCUACUAAAGCAGCUGCGUUUCACUUAUGUUUACUGCACGUUUGUCUCUUGGAGUUUUGCAGGAAACUGAAUGUGACGCUGAAGUUCAGUUCGUGACUUGUUGGUUACUGAAACCGGACGUGACAGCAGAUGGAGCCGUUUGGUCAUAAACUCGUCUGUUUGUCACGCUGGUCUCAUUGUGUUGUGAUUCUUCUUCACUUGAGAAGUGAUCGUUUUGUUUUUGUCUCUCAGACUCAGAAUCGGUUUCGUCUGUUUGAGUUCUUUUAUUGUCUUUUCCUUCUUUUUAACCUUCGCCUUGUUUUCUCUUGGAAGUUUCUGAUCCUCUUCUUCUUUUCAUGAUGCACUAAACUUAACAUUUUGAAGUGUGAACAGACUUUAUGUGCAGACUGCGUUAUUGAAUUUCCCUCGGGAUCAAUAAAGUUUCUGUCUAUCUAUUUUAAAUCAGUAAGCGCUUUUCUGCAGCUUGACUCAACAAAAUGGCUGCUUGUGUUUCACAAACAUCAUCAUUGAUUUUCAGUGGUGCGAGGCAAGUCGGUCCAUUAAUCGAGUUCUGAAUCAGGUUUUUGUACGUUACUUGAGUAUUUACACGUCCUGUUACUGGAUACUUUUACCUCAUCUCGGAGGUGUUAUUGUACUUUUACUGCACUGCGUUUAUCUGACAGCUUUGACUCUUCACACACUUUACAGACACGUGAUCGGUGUGUAAAAUCUGAGCAGUUUGUCUGAACCACAUCCCUGUCGGUGUGCAGGGUCCCGGCGGCGUCCACACCCGGAACACGGAGUCCAGUGAGAGUCCGCAGCCGCCGCGCCCCGGCGGAGGACAGCAGGAUGGAGGACUCAGAAGGGUCACUUAUUAAUCAAGAAACGGAUCUGGUUUGCGUGUGAAGAGGAGGAAGGAAAACUUGAAGCAACAGAGAGAACAGAGGAGGAGAAAAGGGGCGUUUAUUGUGUCGAGGAAAGACACAAGUGUGGACCUUCAGACGCGUGAUUUUCUCUGCCAGGAGCGGGAUCGAUCUGAUCAACACUCAGAUGGACGCCAGCGAGGCGAAGGAGUCACAAAGAUCCGCCGGGGGUCUUUGUUCACGCCUCGGAUCAGCAGCUGCAGAGAUGCCGCAACAGAUCAGCGCAGAGAACUGCCUCGAGCUCCUGACAAAAGCCAAGAGCGACGGCGCGGAGGGCGCGACGCGACGGCUCUACCGCUACAUGAGCGACCACUACCUGCAGGUGCUGCGGACUCCCGGCGUGUACGGCCGGCUGACGGCGGCCGAAAGGGAGCACAUCCUGGCCCUGAGGAUGGAGGGGACGAAGGUGAUGGCGGUGGCCGAGACCAGCGAGGUGCACGACCGCGGGGGGAGACGAGAGGACAGCCGGCCGCAGAGCCCUCUGCUGUCCGCCUCGGAGGACGCCAGCCGUCGGCGGGUGUUCUACCUCCACCCAGAGCGCCAACAGUGGGAGGUGCUGACCAGCCUGCCGGAGGAGAUCCCGGCUAAAGGCUCCGGGAUGUGCACUAUGUACAACUACCUGUUCGUGGCGGGUGGGAUCGGCCGCUCCAAAGCGUCGGACCGGGUCUCCUGCUACAAUCCGCUGACCGGCGCCUGGAGUCAGAUCCGCCCGCUGAGCCAGCCCCGCUGCCAGCUCAGACUGGUCUCCAUGGACGGCUACCUGUACGCUAUCGGAGGGGAGUGUCUGUUCACUGUGGAGCGCUACGACCCGCGCGCCGACAGGUGGAGUCCGGUGGCUCCCCUGCCCAAAGGCUCCUUCGCCGUGGCGCACGAGGCGACGUCCUGCGGCGGGGAGCUGUUCGUGUCCGGCGGCUCGCUCUUCUACCGCCUGCUGCGCUACGACUCCCGCCGGGACGAGUGGGAGGAGUGUCCGUUCAACGAGAGCCGGCGGCGCUCCACGGACAUGGUGGCGCACCGCAGCCUCGUGUACCGCUUUGACGUGGACCGGGAGCGCGCGGGGGUGAGCGUGUACAGGUACAACACCGUGGUGAAAGUGUGGCUCGGUGGGGAGUUUUUCCCCCUCCACGACCCGCUGCCUUUCCGCUGCGUGGUGCUCGGGGACCGGAUCUACUGUGUCAACCGGAGCCAGACGCUGCAGUUUGACUUGCGGGGGGAGCGGGAGGAGUUCCUGUCGGAGGUGCUGCCCUCCCCUGCAGAGGCCAGAGGCGCCCUGGUGCCUUUCGUCCUGUCCGUGCCCCGAGACGAACGACCUGACCCGGGACAAGCCCCGUAGUCCAGGACUGAGACUGACUCAUUCUCAGCUGUGCCUUUUUUGCUCCUUCCUGAUUUCACCCAAACUGCAGACGGAGACUGAGAGGCUGCUGGAUGAACUGAUUUGUGUGUGUUGAUCAGGACUGCAGUGUCAUGAAGUCUCUUAGCCAAUAGGAGAAGUCGAAAGAGUAAAUAAAGACUGAUAGAGGGGCUUACAACAUUCAGACUUUAAAACAAACACACUUACAUGACAUCAUCCUCUAAGCGGUGACGUCAUUGUCCUGGUUUAGCUGGCUCUGAGAGUGUGUGCAGAAUGAAGCCGUCGGUGACAUCAGGAUGUUCUUCUUCUAUGAUCACAAUAAAACGAACUGAAGUCAAAGUGUGUUGAAAAGCUGCACCUUCUUUAACAUCCUGCUCAGAACCUUUACUUUGAAAGGGCCUGGCGGAGAGUGUUUCCUCCUCUUGUGUCUAGGAUCUCAUCACUAUCACCUGUGAUGACACUUUUGACAAUAAAGUUUGAAUUAUUAUGACAAAAGUUUACUUUCACAGUUCAGUACAAAGCAAUAACAGUACACAAUCAAAAUGAAACAAGACAAAGCUGUAAUAAAUCAGAAAACAAUUAUUUCAAGAUAAAAUCAGAAUUGAUGCAAGAGUAAUAAUGAUAAUAAUAAUAAUGCAGUAUAUGAAAACUCCUUUGUAAGUUCCUGUCUAACAGAGCUGCAGUGUUUUCAGUCUUUAUGUUCAAAGCUUCGCUGUGAGCACACACACACACACACACACACACACACAGGCUCCUUCACGUUACAGAAAGAAGUUAGCUUACAUGAAUGAGCUGACUUUGAGUUCAGCUCAUAGCAAAGCUUCCCCUCUCAGACAGAAUCAGCACUGAUGUCCUGUUGGAAACCAGUCGAGUUCGGCCGCACGACAUCACGUUUGGUCGCUGAGCUGCCACUCAAAAACUCAUCAGCCAAUAGGAAGGCAGUUCUGAAAAACCCACCCACAUGACUUCCUGCUGUUAGACAGAAAACAGGACAAACAAAAGUACAUCAGUUUAAAUGAUCACACCAACACUUUGUCUUUUAACUGCACUGAGACACACUUAUUUUUGUUUGUCUUAUUGGCACAAACUUGUUUCUACACACAAUCAGGAGCUGCUGUAAUACGUCCAAACUGU